UCGUUUUGAAGUGUGGAAAUCAGGUUCUUUUGUCUGCCAAGGAUAGAAAAAGGGUGUUGGAACCCCUAAAUCGCAAAUCAUUGAAAACUGAUUUUACAAAGAUUUUCACAAAUCGUAAAGCUUCACGUUGCCGAAUUUUUCCUUUCUGCCUUGUUAACGCGUAGUUUUCUUGCUGAUUGUCUUCCCUGUGCUGCCAACGGAAACCAUGAAGUUGUCGUUUAAGUUGUGAACGCUGGCUAUUGUCCGGGCUGGCCGUCGAAUCGCUUCUCCACAGUGAAGGUGUUGGCUGUCGAACCGUUAGAAAUUACCACAGGAUAUUGCAAAACCUAUUGAACAUCAAGAUGAGCAGUGAGGCUUUUGAUGGAGUGAUAUUGGCAGAGAAGUUAUCUAAACUUAACAAUUCACAACAAAGCAUUGAAUCAUUGUCUCGAUGGUGUAUUUCUCACCGGAAGAAAGCAAAACAGAUUGUCGAAACAUGGGAUAAACUGUUCAACUCUUCCCAGAAAGAGCAGCGUGUUUCUUUCCUAUAUUUGGCUAAUGAUAUUCUGCAAAAUAGUAGGAGAAAGGGUAGCGAGUUUGUGAAUGAAUUUUGGAAGGUUCUUCCUGUUGCUCUCAAGCAAGUUUAUGAUAAUGGUGAUGAAUAUGGAAAAAAAGCAGUGACAAGACUGGUUGACAUAUGGGAAGAAAGGAAAGUGUUUGGUUCUCGAGGGCAGAAUCUUAAAGAUGAAUUGCUCGGUAAGAAUCCUCGUCCUUUAUCUGUGAGCAAUGGAAAGAGUUCAAGUCCAAUCAAGAUAGUGAAGAGGGAUGCUAAUUCAUUAAGAGUUAAAUUGGCUGUCGGAGCUCUGCCAGAAAAAAUAAUUACUGCAUUUCAGUCUGUACUGGAUGAAAGUCUUAAUGAAGAAGCUGCUUUUAACAAGUGUAAUGCUGCUGCACAUCAUGUGGGGAAACUUGUAGAAGAUGUUGAAAACACUCCAUCUCCAGGAAAUCAACAUGGGUCUGCAGUGGUUGAUCAGCUGCAAGAACAGGAAAAUGUCCUUCAGCAAUGUCUUGGACAACUUGAAAGUGCUGAAACAUCAAGAGCUGCCUUGGUUUCCCAGCUUAAAGAGGCACUUCAAGACCAAGAAUCAAAGCUGGAGUUCAUUCAUACUCAGUUACAAGUUGCUCGAGGUCACUUUGAGCGAGCAAGUGAUACAAGGAAAAGGCUAACGUCUCCUACAGUUCCUGGUCUUCCAACCGGCAGUAAUAUCCCAGUGACAGAAUCUGCGAGGGUGGUUGAGUCCAUUAAUCACUCUAUUCAGCCAACCAGCUCUCCACCUCAGUCUCUUAACCAACCUGUCAUGUCAUUUGCACCAUUGAAACCUCCUGAAGAAGAUAACAUGAAAGCAGCGGCAGCUGCUGUUGCUGCUAAGCUUGCUGCUUCUACUUCCUCUGCCCAGAUGCUUACCUCAGUUCUUUCAUCUCUUGUUGCAGAAGAAGCUGCCUCAUUGAAUGGUAGCCUAAAUUCUGGUGGAUUCACUGCAGGUUUAUCCAUUUUCCCUCCGGAAAAACGGCCCAAACUUGAUAAACCAAUGGCCAUAUCUGAUGUCAGCAAUUCUGAUGUUGGCAGCGCAACCUAUUUUGGCUCUUUACAUCAGCAACCAAUGACCAAUGUGCCAGUUGUACCAUCCUCAAGUAUGAAACCAAUGGCCCAAUCAAACCAGAUGCAAUCUCCAUUUGCUCCAGCCCUGCCACCACCUCCACCACCACCUCUAUCACCUGUAAAUCCACCAGUUAGUCAAUAUGUUCAGUCCUCUGGUAUGAUGGUCGGCAUCUUGCCUUAUGGGUAUGGAGCAAAUACACUACCACCACCACCUCCGUUGCCUCCACAUCUUGCAAUGGGUAUAGGACGACCCGGCUCUCAGUCACUACAGUCUCAGCCACAGCCCCAGCAGUCGCAGCAGCAACCACAACAGCAGCAGCCAACUGGAGGAUAUUAUCGGCCGCCAGGCAUUGGAUUUUAUGGGCAGAGCCAGGCUUCAACACCCCCAGUACCUCGGCAGUAAGCUACCCUGAAAACUGCCAUGUGACAGGAUCCUAGGUGUAUUGGGUUUUUCAGGCAAAGCCAUCAGCAGAUACUUAUCCAAUUCUACAUGGAGUUUUUCUUAAAAUCACGAAACUCAUGGGCUCUUUAUGAUCUGUGCUACUGUGUAAAUUAAUAGAAAUUUAGUUGUGCAUGUAGACUUAAUAUGAAAUCGUUUCACUGACACCGAACCAUAGGUUUCAUCAAGCCCCCAAGUCCAUAAUUACCUGCAAUGUUGCAUUGUAUCUGUGCAUUACCUGAACGAAAUUAGACAUGAGAGUAAGACCCCUAUACUGUUUAACGCAAAAUUAUGUAGGAGUUGUAGCAUGGGUGGGUCAUCUUAUUUAGCUAUAAACACGGUUGCAGGCACCUUUGUUGUGUUGCAUCAGCAGUUGUUUCAAAUGUGAACUUGAACACCUUUUUCACCAUGCUUUAUUGGAUUAGGCUGCUGGAAAAUGAUACCCACAUACUGGAAUAAUAUAAGAAUGACUGGUGCAAUUGUACAUUGUAAUCUAUGAUACAAUGGUUUGUUUCUGUUACCG